AUGCAACGAGCUUGGUCUCAACUUUCAUCGUCUACUCUCCGUUUGGCAGUCUUCGCUGGACGCAGCCAUGUUUCUCUGACAAGACGAACGCUCUCCCAAUCUCUCGUCGACCCUGCCCGUGCUGAACUGCAUUACCACCUUGUCGAACCACCCUCACCAUUCUCCGACAAACUUCCCGCAUUUGCACUUUCCUUCUUGCCAACAGCACCUUCGUCCGCCUCGAGCAGCACGGUGCUUGGCUGGCUCCCGGCCGCUGCAGCCACUGAUGGCCAAGAAGCCGGGUUAAACGACUUCAAGGAGAAUCCCCAGUUCCGCUCUCUCUUACACGAGGCGAUACAAGCAGGUCUCCGCGAGCAAGUAGACGACAUCCAAAUUAACGGCGCGGCGCAAAUCGGGAGUGGCUGGAUGCAUAUUCAUGACGAUCGAAACAUUCCUGCAUUGGGCAGAAUCGGAGAUCCCGACGACAUAAUUGCCUCUGUGCUGGUCGAGGACGGAAAGAUCCAACCCGAAACAUAUCAAGCCAUGCCGGCCUAUCGACUGUGUACCUCGGAUGGCCCAAUACAGUUAACAUUCGGUCUUGCUCGAAAGCUGCAAACUGUUUUGGAGGCUCGAGCAAGAGCAGAAACGACUUAA